AUGCCUGUAGAUUGUCAACGUUCAACUUCAGGGGGGAAAGGAAACCUGAAUAUGUUUAUUGAGAGAGAUCCCCACAUUUGCGCAGCAGGUUUACCAACAGCACAACCAGAUGAAGUAGUCGCUGAUUCUCUGCAACAUUAUCUUCUAAAAGAUGAAGUUGAUGCUCUUCUUAGCGAUACCAUCAUGCCGCCUAAAAAACCUCUUCCUCUUCCUCCUUUACGUCAUCCCAUACCAUUGGAUAUGCGUUAUGCUGGUCCUUUCGGAAACGUUGCUAAGAUAUUAAAUCCUCCAAUAAAGACUAAAUUUCAAACCCUUGUUGAUGAUUUCAAGGAUACUCCUUAUACAUCAUAUUGGAAAAAACCUCUUGGUCGUUCUAGUGAUCCAGUCCCUAUGCUUCCUGAAGGGUUUGAUAUUGAAGGAACAACGUUUGGUAAAAAAACCGAAUUUCAUGGACGAUUAUAUGAUAUUGUAAUGCCAAAAGAGCCUCAAAUUGAUAAUACGUCAAAAUCAAAAGAUCCUGGUGUGCAAAAGGAGUACAAUUACUGCGCACCACCAUUUAAUAAUGAUUUAACUUAUGGACAUAGAACAUUUGUAGAUAAACGGGGAACGUAUGCUAAGUGCUGUGUCACAGAUGAUAGAAUGAUAUUGGGAACAAGUAGCCGAACUAUUGUUAAUACAAUACAGGCAAAUUUUCAAGAUAUUUAUCAGCCUAGAAUUGGUGUAGUUCUAAGUCCAAAUCAAAAUAUUAAUAAUUUACCUGAAGGUUACUCUUUUGGAAAGCUGAAACCACCUGACAACUUACCUGAAUGUCUGACAUUUUGCGAGCUAAAUCCAGGAAGGCUAUUUUUUAGGAAAUGUCUCGCUCACCUUAAUUCUCUUAGAAAAUGUCUAUCAACACGAUUUCUACCAACAUUUUUUAGAGAGUUUUAUUUGAACCUUAAAUAUUAUGAUACAGAAAAAACAAAUUGGCUUCCAAAAAAUACUGUUUAUAAAUUAUGUGCUUCAAGAUUAAUAAGAUUUGAUUCAACGUUAAUAGAACCUUUAUUGUCAAUGUGGAAAGCUUUUGAUGGCGAUAACAUUGAAUAUAAAACAUUUGUUCAUGUAAUAAAUUAUAGAGAACCAUCACCGGAAAUUCCAAAAAUAGAAGACGUUCCCAGUGAUUGUCUGGAUUUUCGUACUACCUAUACGGAGAUGGUCAAACCUGAUAAGGAACAAGAUAAAAGUUUGAUGGCAGGGCUACCUUCAGGAAGAUAUUUCGAUCAAGACUUUCCAGUAACACCGGAAAGAUGCUGCAAAGCUGACAGGUCAUGUUUUCCUCAUGAAUCUGAUAUGAAAGCCUGUCUUUGUCCUAGUGUUUUUACAUUGCUUCAUGUUAAUCAUCGGGAUAUGUAUGGAAAACGAGACCCCGAUGUCAUCAGACAAGUAUUUGAAGCAGUUGGUGAACAAUUUGAUGAUGAAAAAUUUAACAAUGUGUGGGAAGAGGCUAAGAAAUAUCAUUCACAGGGUUGGGUUUGCUAUGAAACAUUUCGCAGAGCUUUAGAAAAUUAUGAUAAUAGUGAAGAAAAAAAGAAAUAA